AUGGCUGCUGGAGGCUGCUUCUGCGGAAAUAUUCGAAUCGAAUAUAAUGGCAAGUCCGUGAUGGCGGGAAUAUGCCACUGUCAGGAUUGUCGAAAAUUGACCGGGUCAAUCUUCAGCUAUAGUUUUGCGAUCAACAGUGCAGACUUGAAGGUCACUGGAACUCCGAAAGGGGUGCCCAAAACCGCCGAUAGUGGAAACGCUAUAAAGAACUAUUUCUGUCCUGACUGUGGGACGCCACUUUUCGGACGAAGGGUCAAGGGUGAUGAGCCUGAUGGAGAUACAAUCAUUCUUCGAGCGGGGAUAUUUGAUAAUCCCGAGCUUUUGAACACCCAAAAGCCUGGGGCGGAGUUAUACACUGAGAAUCGAUUAGAUUGGUUGGCUCCUAUAGAAGGGGCUGCUCAGAUCACUGGCAUGAUGGAAUUACCAUAA